AUGGGGCCUUCAGUAAUUGAUAAAGUGAUUCAGGAAAUAAACGCCAGGGAAGAAGAAAACAAGGACGAGCACGAAGGUCCUUCCAAGCUCUGGAAAAAUGACACAGAAUGCUUACAGUGGUUAGAUAAACAGUGUGCCCACUCUGCGAUCUACAUAUCUUUUGGAAGUACUACAGUUCUGAGUGAAAAGCAAGUGGAAGAGCUUGCUCUGGGAGUGGAAGCCACCCAGAGACCAUUUCUAUGGGUUGGACGCUCUGAUCUAACGAAAGGAAGCCAAGCUAUUUUACCUGCUGGUUUCUUGGAGCGCGUCAGAGAUAGAAGUUGCAUAAUUUCGUGGGCCUCACAGUUAGAGGUGUUAUCUCAUCCUUCCAUAGCCUGUUUUGUGACUCACUGUGGAUGGAACUCUGUGCAGGAAAGCAUUACCAUGGGCGUGCCCAUGCAUUGUUGGCCUUACUUUGCAGACCAAUUUCUUAACCGCGCGUAUGUUGUAGAUGUGUGGAAAUUGGGUCUGCCAUUAAAUACCAAUAGCCAAGGAAUUAUAGAGCAGGGGGAAUUUGUGAAAAGUGUGGAGUUUUUGCUGGAAUCGGAACAAGGCCUGGAGAUCACAGAGGAAGCGAAAAAAAUGAAGAUAAUUGCUAGGGAUGCAGUCAAGGAUGGGGGCUCCUCAUGGAAUAACUUUAAUCUAUUUGUCACAGCCAUGACGCCACAAUCAAAUGAAUGA